AUGGUGCCGGUGCCGGUGCCGGUGCCGGAGCCGGAGCCCGACGAGGGCGGGCGGCAGCAUCGCCAACCCGCAAGCCGCUGCUGGGAGACGUGGCCCAUCGUGAGGCAGCUGAGACGCAUCGCCGAGAAGGGGAAGCCAGAGGAGCGCCACGCCAACGGGCACUACUUCGCCUGCCGUCGAUGCGGCAACAACGACCGGGCUUGCUACUGCGCCUACUUCACGGGCAUGCCGGAGGGGGGCGGCCGCCUCAGACUUGCCGUCCAGCGGCUCGAGGAGCUCGAGAGGCUCCGUUUCACAGCCUGCGGCAGUUUAGCAGACAGAAAGGCCGGCGGGGGCGGGGGCGUCGAGGUCGCCUACGUCGACGACACGCGCCAAUGCGACAGGUACUGCGAGAAAGGAAAGGGGGAGAACGUGUACUGUAGCGACGACGAGGCGACCCUCGUCGAUGCCUGA